CGUUCAUGUAUGCAGUGCAGUGAAGAGCAAGUUUCGGUUCGGUCUUUUUGUCGCGUACGGUGUGUGAUUUGCCCUGCCCCGAAAAAGUGGUCUGUGUUCCGGAGAUUCUACCGUGCCAAACUACGAGGCAACCCGGGAACCAGCAGCAAGUGUUUAGUGCAUUCAUUUUCGUUCUAUCCUUUAGUUCUUCCAGUUCAGUUCGAAGUACACCUUAGAUAAGACCACCGCUGCAGUACCACCAGCCAGCCAGCAGAGGGAACACCGAAGAUGCAAACGAUAAAGUGCGUCGUGGUGGGCGACGGUGCCGUCGGUAAGACGUGCCUGCUCAUCUCCUACACCACCAACAAAUUCCCGUCCGAGUACGUGCCGACCGUGUUCGACAACUACGCCGUCACGGUAAUGAUCGGUGGCGAACCGUACACGUUGGGCCUGUUCGAUACUGCGGGUCAGGAGGACUACGAUCGGCUAAGGCCUCUUUCGUAUCCGCAGACGGACGUGUUUCUGGUAUGCUUUUCCGUGGUCAGCCCCAGCUCGUUCGAAAACGUCAAAGAAAAGUGGGUUCCGGAGAUAACGCACCACUGUCAGAAGACACCGUUCCUGCUGGUCGGCACCCAGAUCGAUCUGCGCGACGAGCAGAGCACGCUGGAGAAGCUGGCAAAGAACAAGCAGAAACCGAUCACGCUCGAACAGGGUGAGAAACUGGCCAAGGAACUGAAGGCGGUCAAGUACGUGGAAUGUUCGGCACUAACGCAGAAAGGACUGAAGAACGUAUUUGACGAGGCGAUCCUCGCCGCGUUGGAACCCCCAGAGCCGGCGAAAAAGAGAAAAUGCAAGUUCCUGUAAGCCUUCUUUUUGUUUUGCAGAGGAUCAAAGUUCAGCAGCAGCAUCUUAUAUUAAUUAACUCACGAAGGUGAAAACAAGUAAAAGAAGGAGAAAAAACACAUUCAACGUGGGUUAAACAUUAUUUAACAUAACAGAAAAUAUUGGAAAAUUGUAUUGAAAACAUAUUUCCUAAAAAGUUCAUGGGGAACAGAAAAAAAGCAAGCAAAAAAAAAAGAUUGGUACUAACACUUUGUUUAAAAGGUAUAGCUAUACUAGAAGGAUUGGAUAACAAUUGUAUUAAAAAAUGAAUGAGACAAUUUUUUUAAGAAAACAAGAAUUAACCAUCCUCAGAAUAAAAAGCAAAACUGUACACACACAAAGUAAUGAUAUGAACAAACAAACAAACAAAAAAAACAAGCAUACAAUUAGUAAGUUGUCAUAGGCGCGAGAACUAGUAAAACGAAGAGGGCAAACACAGUUAAAUGCAUUACUACUACUACUAUACAGUUUCAAAAAUAAGGCAACAACAAACAAACAAAAAAAAAACAAGCAGUAAGUAGAACGAGCGAGAAGAGUAAAUUUAUACAGCUUUUUAUAUCAACAAUUAAAAUUAUUAAAAAUUUAUACCACAAACUGAUAGACGGUGAUUUUCUAGGAUGAAGAAGGGAUUGAAACACAAAACGGAUCAGCAAACUUUCUAACCGUCAUUAAACAAGCCACAACCAAACAAUUCCCGUUCCAUCUAAUGUUUGAAAUUAAGCACAGGUUAGACACAACCACCCGCCUCUUAGACUCUUGAUCAUUGCCUCUCUAGAGCAUGUGUUGUAAGAGAAGCGAAACAACCACAAAAAUCCGUAAUUUAACUAAGCAUUAUGACAGUUUUUCCGCAGUUAGGUUCUUUUUUUAUGAAAUAUAUUUAAAGGUAAUCAUAAUUACUAGGAACCAUGAAUAACAAAUAACAAAAUUAGGCUGGAUGCAAGUAAUUUUUGCGAUUUUUAACAGUUAUCGUGAGACAAAAAUUUUUGUUUUUUUUUUGGAUCUUUGCAAGCAAAGUAAAACAAGUUAUCCUGAAAAUGAGUCGUUGAAAACUCGACCGCAGAACUUUUUUACUUUGAUUUUGUUAUCAUGAUCACCAGCAAUAGUCAAACUAAUCUACAACAUUUUUGUUUGUUCCCUUUAAUUUAAUUGACAUAUAUUGCAUUUGUUUGUUUCAGCUUUUUUUAAAAUUAAAUUUACACUACAAGUAUUGCAAAACGAACGAUUUCAAACCGGUAGCGUGAAACAGUAAGCUUCCUUGGACUUAUCAGUUUUAUUUCCAUCAGUAAGAUGCCUGUACUGUUAGGAAGAAGAGAUUUAUAUUUAAUAUUUGUAAUUUAACCUGUAACAUUUUUGCCUGCUGCUAAGUGUGUCCAAUGUUUUUUUUGUCCUCCGUUUUGUCAUAAUUGUACACACACGUGCAUACCUUUAAAGUUAAAUUCCAAAAUAUAGAACGAAACCCCAGCGUGAGCAUAAUAAAGGGAGAGCUAAGUUUUCUAGUUUCGUAAGUCGACUAAAAACAAAACAAACCCCGGAGCAACAACAAUAGUUUGCCGAGAUUUUACGAAAUCAUUCUAGAGGAGAAAAAACAGCUCUAAUAUAUAUUUCGUAUAUAUUUUAUUUUAAAUGAAUAAAAAUCAUUAACUUCAUGCCAAAACAA